AUUUAUUUGAUAAUAACUAAAUACCGGUUGCUUUCAAUUUAGAUUGAGCUUUUAAAUACAUAAACAAAAAUAUAUGAUUUGUCACAAAGAAUAUUUUGUCUUGUUAUAUAUGAUAAUUUAAUUCAUUUGUAUAUGAGUGUACUGAUUUUUUGGUAAAAUGGGUGAAAUAAAUGAAGAAGAUUGGAAUUUACCAGAGUGCAAAUAUGAGUACUUGGACCACACAGCAGAUGUUCAGUUACAUGCAUGGGGUCAUAAUCUGAUUGAAGCUUUUGAACAAUGUGCAAAUGCUAUGUUUCAUUAUAUGACCGAAGAAGAAUAUAUUGAAAUGAAAGAGUCUUAUGAAAUUGAGGCUUCUGGUCAUGAUAUGAUGACACUUUUAUACAAUUUCCUUGAUGAGUUAUUAUUUAUGUUUAGUGCUGAGCCUUUUUAUAUUGCUAGAAAAGUUAAAAUACUUGAGUUUGAUAGAGAAAACUUCAAAAUUAAAGCAAAAGGAUUUGGUGAAGAAUUUACACUUGGAAAACAUCCUCAAGGUACAGAAGUCAAAGCAAUUACAUUCUCCAAUAUGCAAAUACACGAGAGUGAAGAAAAAUGUGAAGUAUUUGUAAUUUUAGACAUUUAAGUAAAAUAAUAAUUGUUGAUUUUUAUUAUUGAAUAAUAUAAUUUUUAUAUGGAUAUA